CUGUCACUUAUCAUCUCAAUCAACGAUGACGGUUUGAGCAUCAAAUGAAACCAGUCUUCUGGCAAGCCAUCUUAUUCCACAAUUCCUUGCUUGGGAGGUCGUUUGUCCAGGUGCGGCCACGGGCUUCAACACGCGAUUGUGGGCAUCCGGAUCGACGGCAGGGAUCCGGUGUAGUCAUCAUCAACAGAGGCUCGAUUACAGCACAAUAACUGCCUGUAGUAUAGGAUCGCCGUGCUGUUGCUCAAAUAUCGUAAAAUCAUGGCUCCUGCCAACCAAGACAGAAUAUCUU